UCGCACACACCAUCCGGGGAAGAGGACCAGAAAAUCACUUCUUGUUUUUCAAACAGCAGCAGGCUCUCAGGAAUGGCUCUGUGAGGCUCAGAGGACCGCUGCAGGCAGGCGCUGGUCGGUGGGGGAAAGGCCAAGCUUGGUGCACAGCUGCCAGUCCUGUCUGAGCCCCGCAAUGAGUCCUGCUUUGCUGUCCCUUCACCGGACGUGAGGUCUUCAAGGAGGCUGCAGGACAAAUGGCCUCGUAGUAGAAACCUGGAAGCUUUUAGAAGUCUGGUCAGAGCAGGAGCCAGCCUGGGGACCGUGGUGCUAGACAGGCAAAGCAACGCAAACUUGAAGAAAUGAAAUCUCCUGGGAGAACCACCUUGUGCUUUGUGAUCAUUGUGAUUUAUUCUUCCCGAGUUACACUGAACUUGAAUUUAGAGUCUAUUGUUCAUCCUUGGAUUCUCCAUGAACAUGAACUAGUGGGGGAAGAGCCACUAAGGCAAAAAAGAGCAGUUGCCAUGAGUGGUCCUGCCGCUAAAGAGUACACUGUUGACAUUGAGAUCAGUUUUGAAAACGCCUCCUUCCUGGAGCCUAUCAAAGCUUACUUGAACAGCCUCAGUUUUCCAAUUCAAGGCAAUGACACUGAUCAAGCGACCAACAUUUUGAGUAUAGGAGUGACAACAGUUUGCAGACCUACUGGAAAUGAAAUCUGGUGCUCCUGCGAGACAGGCUAUAGGUGGCCUCAGGAACAGUGCCUCCACAAUCUCACUUGUCAAGAGCAUGGCAGCUCCCCUGCAGGCCAUCAUUGUAGUUGCCUUAAAGGAUUGCCUCCCAAGGGACCUUAUUGCCAGCUCAAGAGAGCUGUUACCCUGAGAAUGUCGGUCAGACUCAAUGUGGGCUUUCAAGAAGACCUCAGGAACUCUUCCUCUGCCCUCUAUAGAUCCUACAAGACUGACUUGGAAACAGCGUUCUGGAAAGGUUACAGCAUUUUACCAGGCUUCCAAUUGGUGACUGUGACAGGAUUCAGGCCCGGAAGUGUGGUUGUGAGCUAUGAAGUCAAGACGACCACACCAUCACCUGAGUUAAUGCAUAAAGCGAAUGAGCGAGUGUCCCAGAAACUCAACCAGACCUACAAAAUGGACGACAGUUCCUUUCAGGCAGUUACUAGUAAUGAAACGAAAUUCUCUAUCAUACCAGAAAUCAUCUUUGAAGGGGAUACGGUAACUCUGACGUGUGAAAAUGAAGUUUUGUCCUCCAACGUGUCCUGGCACCAUGUCGCAAGACGCGCUGACAUCCAGAACAGCAGCAGGUUCUCCAUUUACACCUUUGUGCUCAACAACAUGACCUCCGUGUCACGCCUCAUGAUUUAUAACAUCACUCAGGGUGAUGCAGGUGACUAUAUUUGCAAACUGACAUUAGAUAUUUUUGAAUACGAGUCCAGAAAAAGAGUUAAUGUUACACCCAUCCGAAUUUUGGCAAAUGAAGAAAUGAAGGUGUUGUGUGACAACAGUCCUGUAUCUUUGAACUGCUGCAGCGAGAUUAAUGUCAAUUGGAGUAAAAUAGAAUGGAAGCAGGAGGGCAAAAUAUACGUCCCAGGAGACUCUGAAACAGACUCAGAUUCCAGCUGCAGCAGAUACACCCUCACAGCUGACGGAACUCAAUGCCUCAGUGGGUCAGCAGGAACAGCAGUAGUCUACAGUUGUGAGUUCAUCAGUGCCCAUGGAGCCCGGGGCAGUAAGAACAUAGAGGUCACAUUCACGUCUGUGGCCAACCUAACAAUAACCCAGGACCCAAUUUCUGUUUCUGAGGGACAAAACUUUUCUAUAAAGUGCAUCAGUGAUGUGAGUAACUAUGAUGAGGUGUAUUGGAAUACUUCUGCUGGAAUUAAAAUACACCAAAGGUUUUAUACCACGAGGAGGUAUGAGAAUGGAGCCGAGUCAGUGCUGACCGUGAAAACCUCGACGAGGGAAUGGAACGGAACCUAUCAUUGCAUAUUUCGAUAUAAGAAGUCAUACAGUAUCGCGACCAAAGAUGUCACUAUUCACCCACUGCCUCUAGAGUCAAACAUCAUGGUUGAUCCUUUGGAAGUUGCAAUUCUUUGCAAAGGUUCCCAUUAUUUCAAGUGCUGUGUUGAGGAGGAUGAAGACUACAAAGUAACUUUCCAAGUGAACUCCUUGUCCUUUCCUGCUGAGAAAGAAGUUAAUGGAAAACAAGUGUGCUACCAAUUCAAUUUCAAGGCAAAUUCCAUUCCCUGGUGUCCAAAAACUGUUGACGUGUUUUGUCACUUUACCAAUGCUGCUAAUAAUUCAGUCCGGAGUCCAUCUAUGAAGCUUAAUCUGGUUCCUGGAGAGAACGUCACGUGCCAUGAUCCCUCCAUCGGUGUGGGGGAGCCUGGGAAAGUCAUCCAGAAGCUAUGCCAGUUCUCAAACCGCAGCAGCCGUGGAGGGCCCGUUGGCGGGAUCGUGACUUACACAUGUGUAGGCUCCAAGUGGAACGUGAAGAGAAAUGACUGCAUCUCUGCCCCAAUUAAUAGUCUGCUCCGGCUGGCCAAGGCUUUGAUCAAGAGCCCCGCUCAGGACAAGAAGCUGCCUACAUACCUAAAGGAUCUUUCUAGUAGCACAGACCAGAUGGCACACGAAGUCAGCUCAUCUCCUGGGAGCCUGGGAGCCAUUGUUAACAUCCUAGAUUUACUCUCAACAGUUCCAACCAAAGUGAAUUUAGAAAUGAUGAUGCAUGUUCUCUCCACGGUUAAUGUCAUCCUUGACAAGCCCAUCUUGAGUACCUGGAAGCUGUUAAAACAGCAGCAAACCAAUCACAGCUCACAGCUACUGGAUUCAGUGGAAAGAUUUUCCCGAGCAUUAUGGUCAGAAAACAGCACCGGUUUGUCCAUCUCUCAAACUAAUGUGCAGAUGAAGAGCGUGGUAAUAAAACGUGGCCCCCGUUCAGGCAAAUCCUACAAACAGAACUUUCUUUUCCCACACUCGGACCUCUGGGGCAAUGUGGCCAUUGACAAGAGUCAGCUGGAAAGCUUGCAAGCACAUUCAUCUAUUAUUAUUGUCACCGUGGCUUUCCCAACUCUCCAAUCCAUCCUUGCCCACGACGUUCAGGGAAAUAAUUUUGCCAACAACUUAGUGAUGACAACCACCGUCAACCAAACAAUCACCAUGCCAUUCAGGAUUUCGAUGACUUUUAAGAACAACAACUCCUUAGGUGGGAAACCACAAUGUGUCUUCUGGAACUUCACCCUUGCCAACCACACAGGGGGGUGGGAUAGUAGUGGGUGCCAUGUUAAAGUCGAGGGGAACAGUGUCUUCUGUAGCUGUGACCACCUAACGUCAUUCUCCAUCCUCAUGUCCCCUGACUCGCCAGACCCGGAUUCUCUCCUGAAAAUCCUAUUGGAUAUCAUUUCCUACAUUGGGUUGUGCUUUUCCAUCUUGAGCUUAGCGACCUGUCUAGUUGUGGAAGCUGUGGUGUGGAAGUCAGUGACCAAGAAUCGGACUUCCUACAUGCGUCACAUCUGCAUCGUGAACAUUGCUGCCUCCCUGCUGGUUGCAGACAUCUGGUUCAUUGUGGCGUCCACCAUCCGCGACAAUUACUACCUACUCAACGAGACAGCCUGUGUGGCUGCCACCUUCUUCAUCCACUUCUUCUACCUCAGUGUCUUUUUCUGGAUGCUCACUCUUGGCCUCAUGCUCUUCUAUCGCCUGGUUUUUAUCCUGCACGAUGCAAGCAAGUCCACUCAGAAGGCCAUUGCAUUUUCUCUUGGCUAUGGCUGUCCUCUUAUCAUCUCUGUCAUCACGGUGGCGGCCACCCAGCCCCAGGAAGUCUACAUAAGGAAGAAUGCCUGUUGGCUCAACUGGGAUGAUACCAAAGCUCUGCUGGCCUUCGUCAUCCCAGCACUGAUGAUCGUGGUGGUGAACGUGACCAUCACGGUGGUGGUCAUCACCAAGAUCCUAAGACCUUCCGUUGGAGACAAACCCAACAAGCAGGAGAAGAGUAGCCUGUUUCAGAUCACCAAGAGCAUUGGGGUCCUCACACCACUCUUGGGGCUCACCUGGGGUUUUGGUCUUGCCACCGUGUUCCAGGGAAGCAAUGCUGUGUUCCAUAUUGCAUUUACUCUUCUCAAUGCCUUCCAGGGAUUGUUCAUUUUACUCUUUGGAUGCCUCUGGGACCAGAAGGUACAGGAGGCUUUGCUGAAAAAAUUUUCACUGUCGAGAUGGUCUUCACAGCACUCAAAGUCAACAUCUCUAGGUUCAUCUACACCUGUAUUUUCUAUGAGUUCUCCCAUCUCAAGACGAUUUAACAAUUUGUUUGGUAAAACAGGAACGUACAAUGUUUCCACCCCGGAAACAACCAGUUCAUCCGUGGAAAACACAUCCAGUGCUUAUUCGUUGCUCAAUUAAGAACAGGAAAAUCCAACCCGCAUGACCUCUUGGGGAACAGUGGAUAUACUCUGAAAAAGGGAUCCUUUCAAAGCCCUGGGUAAAAUGUUUUCUCCAUAGGCUUCUGGGAACAGAUGCUGAAGAGACUUUUUCAUUAGGGAAGAGGCUUUCUUUUGUAAAGACAGGCUAAAAGCAAUUGUUCCACUUAUUUUGCUGCCCCACCCACACCUUUUGUGUGAUACCAAAUGUGUAUAGUAUUUAAGUGAAACGCAAGUCCCCCAAGGCCCAACUUCUCUGUCUAUAUUGUAAAAUAGAAUUUCAAAGAGACAUUUUCACUUUUCACAUGUUGGGCACAAAGAUAAGCUUUGAAAAUAAGUAAAAGGCUAGUAUCUAGGAAAUACUUUAGUGAAUUUAAGGAAGGAAGAAAGGGAGGGAAGAAGGAAAGAAGAAAGGAAGGAAGGAAGGAAGGAAGGAAGGAAGGAAGGAAGGAAGGAAGGAAGGAAGGAAGGAAAGAAGGAAGGAAAGAAGGGGAAAAAGUGGAGAAAAACAUUAAGGACUACAUUUUAAGAUUUCCAUGUUAAUAAUCUAAUACAAUUACUCAAAUACUGCAACACUGAGAAUUGAAAAAUGGCUCAAAAAUGGAGACUGAAAUCAAGCCAUGGGGAAAGUUCAAUCAAGAUCUUCCUGGUAUUUUCUUGGCGAAGAGAGGGAAAAAGAGGCAGUGGAAAAAAAGAGGAAGAAAAUUACAUCAUCAGGAUUCUUUCAAGUGGAUAAUAAUACUUACAAGAAAUACAAUGUCAACUGUAAUUGAAAAAUAAAAAAAUUAUUAAAAAAAGAAAUGCAUGGAAGGAGACAUGAGUCUACUGAUGUUAAAUACAUACGUAUAUAUUUUUACAUUUAAGGUCUAAGCUAAGCGGAAUGAAUGUGCAAAGAAGGUGUGAUAACCAUCCUCUAUCAGAUCCAAGCAGAUCCAACUGCUGAUGACAUUUUUAUAGUUUAUUAGAAAAGCCUUACAUUUUGAUAUGUUCCAAGUUUUAAAAGCAAAAAAAUACAUAUUUUAUAUCCAUUAAUUGCCAAAUGUGAUAUAUUGCACUGAAAACAGACUCCAUCUGUCAUAUAGGUAUUAUAUUUAAUAGCUUUAACCAGGUACUUCUCUGUGCAUUAUAAUCUUAUGAAUAAUCUUAUAGCACUGUAUAUUAUUACUGUUGUCGUUACUGUGGAUUUAGUGACCUUGGUGUGCUGUAUAGCGCUCUAUGUAUUAGCUCUUUCAGUCUUUAAGUUCCCAGACCAAUAUACAUUAAGAAUCUUAUACUGUCUAAUUUGUGUUUAUUCCAACCACUUGGAAAUCUUCCGGAAGGAAGUCUUACAGCUGGCCCGUCUAUGCUCUUAAUGACACUUUACCUUGACGAACAGAUGGUGAAGGUUUUCCCAAGAAUUUGAUUAUUUGUGACGUGUGUGUCUGAGGGCCUUUCAUAUAAAUAUAAAUAUUUAUUAAAAUUGCACCCAUAUGAAAGUCAACCAGGUGCUGUAGCUACGGCAACCUUACAUUCCAAAUCAAAGUCUGAUCCCUGGGAGACAAUGAGGCAGAAUAAAAAUGUGGGGCAACUCGGGAAGUGUGGGUUGUAUGGUCUUCAUAAGCCUGGAACCUAACUAAAUGGGCUCAACCUUUGGAAAGGUAGGACAAAGGAGGCUGAGAUUCAACAAUCAUGUAUCCCAGUUCGAAAGAGUUGUCUUUUAAUAUUUUAAUUCUUUAAAAUCUCUUCCUUUUAUUUUUAAUUUUAAGUUCUCCUCUGGUUUUCUUUUCUUCAUGGGUAGGGGGAGGUGAAACAGAUAGAAAUACUAAUAAUAUUUAAAGUAAAUGAACUUUUUAUUUUUACACAUUCACACACGACUUAUACAUUGACUCCUACAUUUGCCUGAAAAUUAUCACAGCACUCCUCCCACUAAAUAGUUCAUUAUUUAAAGUCCUUAAAGGAAAUCAUUUUUAGGCUAUAAAAUUCUCCUGGGCACGAUCAAUUUGGGGCAGAGCUCAGUAGUGAGAAGACAGAGCCAGAAGUUAGGUUGGAGCAUCCAUGAAAGUAGAAUUAGACAUCAGAGAAAGAUUGGCUGUGACUGCUCUGGUUCCUGGGGUGAUAUCAGGGAGAACUGAGGCAGGGUUGUAGCACAAUUUAGUGUGACAUCUUGACAUGAGCAGCCAAGGAAAGCACAGCACUCAGAAGGAGGUUGUCAUGUUCAAAAACACAAUGGCACAAGAAACACUGAACUUCCACUCACUUCUGUAGGGGUCCUUUGGGAAUCAUUGUGUUUGACGUUAUAAAGGGAACCUCUGUAAUGGCAGGAACCUUCGGCAGAGUUCCAUAGGAUGUGGAUCUGGCUCUCUGCCCAUGUUCAUUCACUGAGGCACGUCCUAACUCCCAAUACACACACACACACACACACACACACACACACACACACAACACACACACACACACACACACUGCAUGUGCCCCCCGCCUUUCCAGCUGCAGCACUGGAUGCAAAUUCCAGAGAAGCGAUGAAAAUAAAAAACUGGAGAACUAUUUGCAGGUUUAUUGCCCACCUGCAAGAUACAUAGCCCAAUCCCUGCUCUUUGCCUAAAACAAGCAGUAGAAUUCAAAAUCGUAACAGACAGUAUCCAUGAAUCUGUAAAUUUUGUGAAAGCAGAAGCCCCUGUUGGCCGUGAGAUCACCAGUUCUCAAUCAGCAAUGGGUACAAGGCUUUAACAGCAGAUUUCUGAGGAAGGGGUUCGGAACGUUGGCCCUGAUGUUGGUAUAAAGUGAGAUGUGUGGUCUUCUUUACUUGGAAAGUGCCCCCUGCUUCCCCAUGUUCCUGACAUCUCAGUGCAUAAAGACAGUUCCAUUGGCCAAAAUUUUCUUGCGUGAAGGGACCAUCUAUUCAGUUUCUUGCAAAGAGAUCUGUGCCGAUGCUUCUGAGGUUGUGAGGUCGGACAUUCACAAAUGAGCAAUUAAUAUAAACUACAGAAAUCUUCUCUGCAAAGACUGUAAGUCCAGUGGAACACAUCAUCUCUUGAAUGAGUCAUGGGUCUGCCAUUCUUUUCCCUAUUUCUUAUUGUUUAGAUGGAGAAAGAGCUCAAUAAAGACUCAUGAAUUUUUUUUUAGGGUGUAGGUUGCAAAGGCCA